AGGUGAGCCAGGUAAGAAGUGGAACUUUGAGCAAGACAGCUGAUCCAUUGGAGAAGCUGCUCCAUUAACCCAAGCAACAAGCAGGCAAACACACCUCCUGCAAGGGAGAACCAGCUUAGCUUUUCUACUCAAUCAGGUUUCUUCCUUUUCCAUCUCCUUUCUUUUCCUGCUCUGGUCUGGAAAUGGACACCAAAGAGCCACCUGGGAAAGAAAGUGUGGGGGCCAGGAAAAAAAACUUGACCUUCAUAAGGCACAGGCUGUACAUGCUGGAGAGGAGGAAGACAGACACGGUGGUGGAGAGUCAUAUUUCUGGAGACCACAACAGCUCUGGGACUUUGAGGAGGAGUCAGUCCGACAGGAGUGAAUACAACCAGAAAUUACAAGAAAAAAUGGCACCACAAGCAGGGUCCUUGGGGCCAGUUGGCUCACCCCUGGAAAGUGAAGAACAGCUGAACAGGCGUCUGAUGGCUAGAAGGCACAAGAUAAUUACAGAAAUGGUCCAGACCGAAAAAGACUAUCUCAAUGAUCUGGAACUGUGCAUCAGAAUAGUGGUCGAACCCUUGAGAGGAAGGCAGAUUGCUAGGCUCGAUGUGGACGGCUUAUUUAGCAACAUUGAAUCCGUCCAUCAGAUCUCAACCAGGCUGCUGUCAUUGCUGGAAGAAGCAACGGCGGAUGUGGAGCCGGCCAAGCAAGUAAUCGGGCAAGUGUUUUUGCAGAUGAAAGACCUACUAGAAGACACAUAUAAAAUCUACUGUUACCAGCACGAUGAUGCACACGUCCUGCUGGAAUCCUAUGAAAAAGACGAAGAACUGAAGCAGCAUAUACGUGACUGCCUACUGUCCUUAAAAAAGAUAUAUGAAGAAGGGGGGAAACCAAACCUGCUGGACAUGGGAUCUCUGAUGAUCAAACCCAUCCAACGUGUGAUGAAGUAUCCCUUGUUGCUAUGUGAGCUCUUGAAUGCAACUCCCAGGUCCCACCCGGACCACACAGCGCUGCAGGAUGCCUUGGUUGCUGUGAAAGGCAUGAACACAAAUAUAAAUGAACUUAAAAGAAGAAAGGAUUUAGUGCUGAAGUAUAAGAAAAAUGACGAAGAUGAAUCUCUAAAAGAGAAAUUUUCAAGACUAAACAUUCACUCAAUUAGUAAAAAAUCGAAGAGAGUAACUGGCCACCUGAAAAUUCUGACUGGAGGAGAACCUCAGGUGAAAGAUGAAACAUUUAAUAAAGAGGAGAAGUUAUUUAGAAGUUUGGAAAAGACGGUCAAACUCUGUGUGAAGAAUAUUUCGGUGUCUCUACAGCAUCUGAAGGAAUCUACGCUUCAAGCUGCACAGAACGUAACCGAACUUCAAGAUUUUCUGCACGAGAAAGAAGAUGAGGAAAGUGGCUCUUCAAACACCUUGAUUAAUGCUGAAAAGCCCAGCGAACGAUAUGCAGAGCAAGUAGAGAAGAUGGUUUUGGUCCCCCUGUCAGCGUUGCAGGCCCUCUUCCCAGGCCCUCAGAAGCUCAUCCAGAAGCGCUAUGACAAACUGCUGGAUUAUAAUAGCUACCACCAAAAGGCGGCGGGAGAGGAGAUGGAUUUGGCCAGGAAAGAAUACGAGGCUCUCAAUGCCCAGCUGGUGGAGGAACUCCAGACGUUCAACCGGGCAGCAAAGCAAAUCGUGACCAACUGCCUGUGUUGCCUCGUCACUCUCCUGCAGGGGAUGAUGUCAUCAGCACUGCAAUCCUAUUCCACAGGGGAAUCCCUCAUAUUGCUGUCCUCUCCAAGCAUCAGCGAAGUUCAGCACCAGGUGCUCGAAGACAUACACAGUCUGAAUUUUGUCAAAGAAAACAACAGCAUAAAUUUCAUUGAGAGAAAGCUGAGCUUUGAAAAAAAGAAGCCAACCCCUCUCCAGCCUGACUUUCCACGGCAGACUGAAAGCCACAGGUCUGUGAUACUCUCCACAUACAACUCAGACUUGCUGUACCAAGCCAAGCGCAAAUGCAACGCCACUCAGGAGUUUGAUAUUGAUCUCUACGAAGGAGAAUUGGUGGCUGUCGUGGAACGAAAGGAUCCUUUCGGAAGUACUGGCAGAUGGCUUGUCGACACUGGAAUUUCGAAAGGAUACGUUUACUCCUCCUUCCUGAAGCCCUACAAUCCAGCGAAGGCACAAAAGGAGGCUUCAGAUGCCAGUUUCUGCGACGGCGACUUUGAUAACAUCAGCCUUUUUGUCUCCAUGAGGCAAGUGGAUGACGGCAACACAAAACCUGCAGGGCAGCACAAGAGAAGCGGAAGCAGCUCUUCCUACAAUAGCCUGUGUGAAAAGGCAACUAUUAAUGGGACAGAGGUGGAUUGCUUCUACGGAGUGGACGACCAAGAUGUAAGCAUCACAUUUUAUGCGGUUCAUGCAUUUCAAGCAAGGAGCCACCAGGAGCUCAGCCUUCAGGAGUACCAGCGAGUUCGGAUCCUUCGUUUUUCCGACCUGAGCGGCAACAAGGAAUGGUGGCUAGCGGAAGCGAAAGGACAAAAGGGAUACGUGCCAGCAAAUUACCUUGGGAAGAUGACUUACGCGUAAACAUUGGAAACACUUACGACACCUCAUUCUCUGAAACGUCAGAGGCAAAAGUCUUCCGUUUUGCUCUGGUCUUCUCAAAAGUUCGUUGGUAAAUCAAGAGCUGAAGAACUUAUGAAGGAGGUAUUUAAAACAAAGAAAAAACUGUUGUCCUGAAUUGCUUGCAUCCUUUCACUUUGCCACACUGCUUUUGUUGGAAUCUCCCCUGCUGUAUGGAGAGCCAGUGUGGCAUCGUGGUUAGAAUGUCUGACUAGGACCUGGAGAGACCAGGGUUCAAAUUCCCCAGUCGGCCAUGAAGCUCAUUGAGUGUCCUUGGGCCAGUCUCUGCCUUUCAGCCAAAUCUACCUCGAAGGGUUGUUGCGCAUCCGGGCUGUGUCAGGUGUGCAUGCAGGAGCCAGGCCCUGUGACCGAUAGGACUUUGCAGGACUGGGGCCUUCCUAAGUUUGUUCUGAAGAGGCAAGGCAUGGCCUCACACCGUGGGACUUACCUUUGAGUAGACAUUCCUAGGAUUUUCUGUACAGCUGGAAAUCUAAACACACUUAAUGGCGGGAGUAAGCGCCAUUGAAUGUAGACUUGCUUCUAAGUAAAUGUGCUCAGGAUUGGGCUAUAAAUAUAUCCCUAGUGCCCUAUUUAAUGUGCCUGCAACAGGGCAGAGGAUAAGUAUCCCAGACAUUUAUUGCAUGGCACCAAUUUGAUUGCCUUGUGAUAAGAAGGAAUACAUUGGGCCCCUAAAAGAGUUUUAGAUUUGGGCUUUUUAAAAAAAAUUUAUUUUACUAAGUCUAUCUGUUGUCUCUUAACACACAGAAGGCUGUCCCGGGGAAAGCCUAUCAUGCAUUUAAGCAUUUGCAGUUUCUGUAAUAAACAGAAUGCUCACACCAAUGUUUUUGCAGUGACAGUGAAAUUCAGCAGACUAGAAAACAAACAUGGCUUUGUAAAUAAUGCUACCUGUCUUUCAGAUUGAGAAAUGGGGGUGGAAUGAAGUAUCUGCUUGAUGCUGUCCCGCUUUUCUGAAUCUUAAUGGGGAUUAUGAAGCUUAAAAGCCCUAUGUGGUUGAGUUGAGUACCCUUAUCUGUUGCACUGUCUUUUGUUUAUAUACCAAAUGGUUCGUAAUGAAGAAAGCAUUCCUUUGCUGAAAGGCUCCCCGCACCGUUUAUGGCAUGCUUUACAUUUCAAAAUGGGAUGAAGCAGUUUUCCCUUCCUCCAGCAGUAGCUGAACGGUGUGCAAAGGGCUGAACUCACACACUGAUGAAGCUUUGGAGGCCAAGAAGAAACAGUUGGGCUGAUAAUUUGAUAUUGUUUUUAUUGUAUUUAUUUGCGGGGUUUUUUGAGACCCUGAAAGGGUAUAAUGUUAUCUGUGACAAAGAGCUAUUUUCAGGAUUUCAUUUCUGAGGUGUUGAAAUAUGAUAUUUAAAGUCUCUAGUUUCCAGGCACUUGUCCUGUUAAAAAUGUUUAGCUCAAGCCAGAAAUAAAGAUCCACAAGUCAUUGAAUGUGCCUUUACCUACUGGGUGUCAGAUUAAGGAGGAAUGAAGGACAGUUGUUUCAGCUAGAUUUGUUAAAGAUGCAUAAGGAAUUCUAUUCCAACUCAGUUUCAUUCAAGUAGAAUCGUAAGGAAUUGGUUGCCAACCACGGACAAUGGAGUCUAGAAUGUGUUUAUGCUUCAAGUAUUCACUCUUAUGAUGGGCUUGCAUGAAACAUAUCAUAUAGUAUACCUAGUUGAA